AUGGGAGCUGGCCGCCGUGGCCUGGGUCCCCCAUCCCCCCCGGGACAGGCCUGCAAAGCAGAACCCGGCGGCACCUCACCACCUGCUCGGCGCCAUCUGUGCAACGGGAAGUGGGGACUCGCUGGAGGCUCUGGCCUCGCGGUGACCCGUCCGUCCUACCCGGAGUCGGGCGCUUUCCCGAGCCUGGACAGGCGACGCCAGGCGCCUGCUGGCCUCACGGGGCCUCCCCCAGGGCAGCGAGUUCCCCUAGGACGGUCCAGUGGGAUCCCCGUGCGGCUGGCCACGAACCUCUUCGGCCUGGACCUGCCCGGGGACUGGCAGCUGCACCAGUACCGCGUGGCCUACAGCCCGGCCCUGGAGUCCCGCAGGCUGAGGGCCGCCCUGCUGUGCGGCCACCCCGCGCUCGCGGGCCGCGCCAAGGCCUUCGACGGGGCGGUGCUGUUGAACAAGGAGGCGCGGUUGGAGCUGGAGACCUGGGGGCUGCACUUGGGGCGCCAGGUGGUGCUGACCGGCCGGGUGGCGCCCGCAGAGAAGAUCCUCACCGGGGACCAGGCGGUGAGCGGCCCCUCGGGCAGGCGGCUGGUGCUGCCCACGGCCCUCUGCCCCGUCCCCCCGGUCGGUCAGGGGCGCCGCGCUGCCCGACCGCCCAGGUACAACAACAAGACCUACCGCGUGGACGACAUCGCCUGGGCGCUGCGGCCCACGGACACCUUCCGCCGGCGCGACGGCUCCGAGGUCUCCUACGUGGACUACUACCGGCAGGUGCUGUGCGUGCUGCCGUCCAGCCGGGGCCACUACUACGAGGCCAUCAAGAAGUUCCUGAGCACCGACGCCCCGGUGCCCAGCCAGUGCGUGCUCGCGCGGACGCUCGGCCGCCAGGGCAUCAUGGCCAGCGUGGCCGCCAAGGUCGCCAUGCAGAUGACCUGCAAGCUGGGCGGCGAGCUGUGGGCUGUGGAGAUCCCCCUGCGCUCCCUGAUGGUGGUGGGCAUCGACGUGUGCCGGGACGCGGCCGGCGCGGGGACCGUGGUCGGGCUUGUGGCCAGCAGCAACCCCCAGGCCACCAGGUACGGCCGGCCACGUCUGGUCCUCGCGCUCGCUCCUCGGGGUGGUUCCUGGACUCGGGACUCGCCCUGGUGCUGCGCCCCCCAGGACACGUCCGCCAGGGCGGGAGGAUGCGCGGCCCUGCGGCUCCGCCUGACGCUGCUCGGGCCCAGCCCCAGGCUGUCCGUGGUGGUGGUCAGGAGGAGGUGCGCGCCGCGCUUCUUCGCCGAGCUGGGCCGCAGCGUCCAAAACCCGCCGCUGGGCACCAUCGUGGACACGGAGGCCACGCGGCCAGACUGGUACGACUUCUACCUGGUCAGCCAGCAGGCCUGCCGGGGCACCGUGAGCCCCACCCACUACAACGUCCUCUACGACGACAACGGCCUGAAGCCGGACCACAUGCAGAGGCUGACCUUCAAGCUCUGCCACCUGUACUACAACUGGCCGGGCGCGAUCGGCUGUCCGGCCCCCUGCCAGUACGCCCGCAAGCUGACCUUCCUGGUGGCGCAGAGCAUCCACAAGGAGCCCAGCCUGGAGCUGGCCAACUCGCUCUUCUACCUGUGAGGGCCGCGGGCCGGCCCGGGACCCGCCAGGCAGGAGACCGACCGCCCCACAACCCCGGCAGCAGGACCCUCCCCGGGCGUUGCCCGAAGGCUCAUGGUUUAUUUGGAAGACGAAGGGCCGGCGCCUGUGAGCCGUUGCAGCGCAAGUGUCCCUGCGUCUGGGGCAGCCCCGCUGUCCCCGGAGGUGUGUGUGGCCUGUCCUCCCGCCCCCUGCAGUUUUCCUAGAGUUGCAGGGCGCGGGCGCCGCCCCCACGGCUCAGGAGUAAAGGUGGCUCGGACGCAGCCGUGUCUGUUGCU